AUGACAUCGAAUCCUGCUUUCGUAAUACUCGAACGGCGGCUAAGAAGUGAAGCGCGGUGUGGUCAGACGCACGUGGCGCGGAGCUGGAGCGCGGCGCGCGGCUGGUCGAGCGACGCGCGGCACAGCUGCGCGUGCUGCCACGCCACCGCGCCGCGCCCCCCGCCCAGCCGCGCGCGCACCACUGCGCACGCGCACGCGCUCAGCGACACCCGCCCGUUCUCUGCGCACAAUCAUUGA